UACUACUACUACUAUCAUCAUUUCAGGCGCCAGGCCUGCAGAGGGGCGGCGCGUGGCGGGCGGUGCGUGUGGGCGUGUUGGUGAUGAUGGCAGUGGUGGUGUGGGCGUGGGUGUACCUCGUCUCCAGCCCCGACCACGACACGCCCACGAUGACCCGCGAUGAUUGGCCCAGCUCGCCCAACCUGCCGGCCGCUCCACCAAUCAGAGACAGCCUUCGCGUCCAUCCUCCCCCGGCAUACCUCCAGGCGCCUGGAGGGGAGGUAGGGGAAGGGAAGGAAGAGAACUAUAUAGACGGAAAAUUCGAAAAAGAAAACGGAGUCCAUUUCAUCAACUUGGAGGACGGACUGAAGAAAACUCAGCGGGGAGUCGAGGGAAGAGGAAAAGAGGAAGAAAACAAGAGGAAUAGAUGGGAGGAGACGAACCCACGGUAUCACAGAGGACGCGAGGAAAAAAUGGAGGGGGAAAAAUACGAAAAUGACAAGGAAAUCCCCAAAAUAUUCCCACAGAGACGAAUUAUAUUACCUGGGGACACAGGGUUGGUAGUAGAAGAGGAGGAGGACGAGGAAGAGGAGGAAGAGGAGGAGGAGGGUAAAUGGAAUGGAAGAAACAUGGAGGAGAAAGAUAACCACGCCAUGGAGGAAGUAGAUGAAGGACUGGGAAUAGGAAGAGAAGGUGAUAAUGGUGAUAAUAAUGAUAAUGACUUUGUACAGGAAGACGUGGGGAGGGGAGGCAAUAAAGAAGAAGAAGAAGAGUAAAAACAAGAAGAGAGAAACAAAACGACAGACCAGAAACGAACAAAAACAACGCACAAGAAAAAACACACAUGAAUGACCUUGAAACCAACAACCACCACCACCAACUUGACGUCGAGAAACAAAAACAAGGUCAGAGGUCAAAGAGCGACAUUCCUGACCUUGACCUGGUGGCAGCGGAGGAGGAGAUGAGACAGAGGAGAGCUAGGGUGAAGGAGGUGUGUGCCAGGCAUGGAUUGGGACCGGACGCUCCUCCUGGUGUACAAAAAGUGAAGUACCCGCCCACACCGAGUUAUGAAACCUUCUAUAUUGACAGAGGAGACCGGCUGGCGUGGUGUCCUGUGUACAAGGCCGCCUCCACCUCAUGGCUGUACGGGUUCCUGAGUCUGGCUGGCAUCUCCGAGUCCUACAUGAGAAACACGAAGGAACAGGUGGUCGACAGUAGCGAGGCGUAUGUGGCCAGCGCUGCCUUACGAGGAGGCCAAAGAGGCUAUGGGCAUGUGUGUGAAGGCCUUAGUGGUUCGUCACCCGUUUGAACGCCUGGCCAGCGCCUUCAGAGACAAGCUGGAGAGAGUGGCGGGCGGUGAGAAGCACGGCACGGAGCACUUCUAUCAGAAAUACGGCAGGAAGAUUGUCGAGAAGUACAGAAAGAAAGAGACACCAGGAACUAAGAGAGACCAGCCACCACCACCACCACCGCCGCCACCACCACCACCACAGAGAUACUCCAAUGCUUUAGACGACCAGCCGCCGCCACCACCCACCACCGCCAGCACCACCAGCACGCUACAAGCACAUUCUGGACGACUCACCGCCACAGCCACUGCACUACAACACCGCCGACGACCCACCGCAGCCACCACCACCAGCACCACCACAGCGAUACAGGCAUGCGUUGAUGACCCACCACAACCACCAUCACCACAGUCAAAAGAACCAACAUUCCCUGAGUUCGUGCAGUACUUGAUAGACACUGACCUGACCCUGUAUGCUGAUGACCACUGGAUGCCGUACCACAUCUCCUGCACGCCUUGCCUUCUGGAUUUCGACGUCAUGGCAAAGUUCGAGACCCUUGACCGCGACCAGGCGUACCUCCUUCACAAGACUCACCUGCAGGAUAAACUGAAGCUCACCUGGCGCCACCUGACCAAAGGAAAUCGGACUUCUGAUGUGGUGAAACAGUACUUCGCUGAUGUACCCAAGAAACACUUACUAAGUCUCUAUGGAAAGUACAGACUAGAUUUUGAGAUGUUUGACUACAGUGUUGCUGAUUAUCUAGGGUAUGUGAAGCCUUAGAGAGAGAGAGAGAGAGAGAGAGAGAGAGAGAGAGAGAGAGAGAGAGAGAGAGAGAGAGAGAGAGAGAGAGAGAGGUUUUAGUUGAAAGUCUAUAUGCCAUGUAGACGAAGUGAACAGAACUUUGAAAAGAGUGUGGGUGCGGUGCGUGAGGCUAAGGGUGAAGUGUUGCAGUGUAUGGGCCUAUUAGGGGAUACGUGUGUGUUCUGAGUGUUCUAAUGGUUGCCCUGACUAUUGUGAUAUUAACUGUUGUGCUCUGUACUACGUGAACAUUCGCGCCUUAUACUUGUCCUUCAGUCCUUGUUACCUGCUUCUCCUCCACCAGGUGUUCAAUUUGCUGUAUGGUUUAUUCCGUGUAUGCUUUGAAAUGUACACUGGUUUACCCGUCCCUUCAUGGUGAGACCUAAUCCCUCCCCUGUGUCUAUUUAAGUCCCUUUCCAGUGGGGGCUGACGGGGAUAAGAGUGUGAAAGAUGUGUGUGUGUGUGUGUGUGUCUGGUGCCCUGUGUGGGAUUGCCUGCCUGGUAUGUAGAUAGAUAUACUACUACUACUACUACUACUACUACUACUACUACUACUACUACUACUACUACUACUACUACUACUACUACUACUACUACUACUACUAUACCUUUCCAGUAGGGGUCGACAGGGCUAAGAGAGUGAAUGAUGUGUGUGACUGUGUGGUCCUUUGUGUGGGCCGCCCUGUGUGGGACUGUCGGCCUGUUAUGUAGAUAGGUAGAUAUUUUGAAAUGCUAGUGUUCAUAGGUACUUCUGCUAGCCGUGUACCCUAAAACAUUUAAGACUUUCAGAAUAACUUUUCAAAGGGAGCAAAGAUGAUUAAUGGAGUUCUUGUGUUGUUUUCCUCCUUUGCGUAAUGCUGAAUCCUUGCCAAGCUGUCACUAGAAUCAUGAAAAUCCUCUUGAUAACUUCCAGAAACCGUGUAGAGAGGCAAAACAUCAGUCAGUAUUUGAAAACACUGCUCUCUCACCACAACUAUUUUCCAAGGCCAUAGAGAUAAUACGCCAGGUUACCAAGCACUUUUCUCCUGCUAAAAAUGUAGAAAUCAUGUUAAUCUCCCUCUAGAACUUUAAAAACACCCUUAAAAACUUGCGUCACUUCAACUAGAGCCUUUGGAAAGUAGUAGAGGUGUGGCCAGAAGUGUUUUUGGAAUCAGACUGCUUACUGAUCGUCGCCUUCCUCCUCCAGGCAUCACAAGACCGAAUCAUAAAUGUAACUGGAAGUAUUAAUAUAUGUGUGAUAAAUAUUUCACUGGUGACCUCCGUGUGCUUCAAAUGUUUGGUGUUGUUAUGUAAAUAGGAGUGAUGUAGUACUGAUUAAUUUAAGGUUUCCAGUGUGUAUUGUAAUCGUCGUUGUUGUGGAGAGAUGGUGCUGCUGGUGUAAUACUCAAACUAUUGUGAUUGUUGUUG